UGCAGCUCCUCCCAUCCAGCUAUAAGAGCCCAGUUGAGCAGGUAGUCCUGGUCCAUCUCUAUAAUAGGCCAGUCCAAACUGACUUGUAAAAAGUCGGUCAGCUUUCUUUAAAAAAAAGUCUUUUUUCCACAGAUGGUUACAUGCAGUGUGUAGUGUGCGACCUAUUGAGAUGUAGGAUUGGUCCCUGCGUUUGUUGUCGGUCUUAACUACCAGAGGAUUUGUGGCCGGGACCCCUAAUACUUGUGAAGAUGACUUUCACCAUGCUGCGGCCCGUGGCGACACACUUGAUCUAUUCCGACUUCACCAUCACGUCCGAGGAUGAUGAAAACCGCAGCGAAAGCGACGGCAGCUCGGAGCAAAGUUACUGUGGCUCCACCAAAAAACGCAGAAGGAUUUCGCACCGACUGGAAGGGGAGACCGCGGUGGUGGUGAAACAGAGGAGCGCAGCUAACGCCAGGGAGAGAGGCAGGACCCAGAGUGUCAACACCGCAUUCACGGCUCUCCGGACUCUCAUACCCACCGAGCCAGUGGAUAGAAAGCUCUCCAAGAUUGAAACUCUCCGACUGGCAUCCAGCUACAUUUCCCAUCUGGCCAACGUGCUUCUUCUCGGAGACGGCGGCGCUGAUGGACAGCCCUGCCUCGGCGCGGUUCAUGCGCGUGGAGAGAGCGGGGCGCAACAGCCGCGGACCAUCUGCACCUUCUGUUUGAGCAACCAAAGAAAAGGGAUAAAAGAUGCCAAAGACUGUUUAAAAAUGCGAGGGCUGGCUCCGCUGCGAAUGAGACGCUGACUGAAGACCAGUGAACGAUUAGCAACCUGAAAAUCCUCAAAGACUUUCUCAGGGAAGAGUUAAAGCUGGUGUUAGCACACACACUCACACAAACACACACAUGCUGGAUCAAAUGAUGGAAACGAAGAAGAGACUAUUUAUACUUGACUGAGAAAAUUUAAGCAUAAGCCUUUCACAGAUGCAGUGCAUUUUGUUGGAAACUUAUGAGUUUUUGUCUUUUUUUCACC